AUGAAUAAAUUUUUAAUACCUUGUCCAAAUUUGAAUCAUUCAUAAAUAGUAGAUACUUAUUGUCUUAAUUAAGCAUGUACAGAAAUGAGAUUUUCAUGUACACAAUGUAAUUUAGAUGGAAAAUAAUGUCAUAUUGAUCAUUUUGAAGAUGUGUAAUCAAUUAAUCAUUUUCGUGAUUUUUAUGCAGAAGUAUAAAAAGAUUGUGACAUUUUAAUUUCCUAAUAUGAUCGUUUAUAUAGUUAAAUUACCCAACAGUUUAAUUAAUUAAUAGAGAACUUAAGAUAAAAAUACUAGGUUCCAUUUGAAAAAUUAAAAAUUCUAACCCCAAUAUAGAUCAAUUAAGUAGUUAAUUAAAUGGUCAAAUUUAAAGGACAAAGAAAAACACUUUUUCAUUAAAUCUAAGAAAGUUUUGUUGCUCUUAAUAAAUCUCUUGAAAAGUGUUUAUUCAAUAUGCAAAUAUAAGAAUUAAAUUAUGUAAUUAAAAAAAAAUAAGUGGAUGCUCCAUUUUCCAUGAGUUUAAUGAAAGAAAACUCAUUAAAAGAUGAUGAAUUAUAUGCAAUAGCAUUAAAUAAAUCGUGUUCCAUAAUGAUUACAGGUUAUGCAACAGGAUUAAUUAAAGUAUUCGAUUUUAAAUUUGGAUAAUUUAAAUUGGUCUAAUCACUUGAUCAUCAUAGAUUAUGGAUAAAUACCUUAUUAUUCAUGAAAAAAUAAGACUAUUUCAUUUCUGGAAGUAGUGAUCAGUCAAUUAUUAUAUGGUAAUAUUAAAAGAACUCUUUAUGGCAUAUUUCUUAACAAUUAGAUGGUCAUACUGGAGCUAUAUCAUGUUUAGAACUUAGUGAAAAUGAAGAUAUCCUUAUUUCUGGAAGCUCUGAUUGUUCAAUUAAAUUUUGGGAAAAAAAAAUCAAUUGGAAUUGUUACUUUACUUUAAAUGGACAUUCAGGAAGUAUAUAAAGUCUAAGUUUGAAUUCAGAAUAAAAUCAACUAAUCUCAUGUGGUUAUGAAGAUAAUCAAAUAAUUGUAAGCUAGCAAAAAGGAAAGGUUUGGAUUAAGAUCUAAAAGGUUUCAGUUGAUUAAUGGGGAUUAAGAUUAUGUUAUGUAAAUAAUCAAAAAUUUGCAUUCUAACCUUAUUGCCAAAAUAAUCUACUUAUAUUUUAGUUUAAUUUUAAGACAAAAUAAUUUGAUAAUACUAAAAAAAUAAAUGUUAAAUCUAGCAAAUAAUGUAAUUCAUAAUUUCCAUAAAAAUAUGUGACAUCAAAAUAAAUAUUGAUAAGUAAAAAUGGAAAUUAUGUAAAUCUAAUCAAAUCUGAUGAGAAUGGUGGUUUCAUUUGUGAUUAAUCGAUUGAUUUUGGAACAUCAUCUAUUUAUGGCACAAUAUCAGAAGAUGGUGAAUAUAUGAUUACAUGGGAUUUAAAAUCAUUAGAAAUUUAAAUAAGGUAAUAUAAAAAAAUUUUAAAUAAAUGA